AUGCCUAGAAUGAAUGUCCUCAACUUGAGAUUUUUGGUCACGUGGGUGCGGGUCUACGCUCCAGUGACCUUUAGUGAAAUCACCCUAUAGCAGAUCUCUGCUAUAGGAUCUUUGGUGGGGAGUGUGAUCACACCCACCGCUUCCUGCUUCCUCCCCCACAGCAGCUACAGAGCCCGAGCCAGGACCAGGCAAGAGGCAGAGAGAGAGGGACAGGGGCCGGGUGUGUGUGUGUGUCCGCUCCGGGGCGAGGCCGAGCCGGCCAGGACGUGGUGAUGGACGUGGCCGUGUGGGCAGUGAGCAGGGCGCUGGCGCUGAGUCUGGGCUUGUUGCUGCUGCUCAUCACUGGGGUGAUCUGCACCAUGUACACGGACUCUGUGCUGCCUCCGGGCAUCCAGGGGCCGGGCAAACUCCGCCUCAUCUAUGCGGUCCAAGAGACCAUCGCCGUGCCGGGUAACAUCGUGCACAGCUUGGGGCUCGGAUCUGGGUCUCAGCUCGCUGUUAUCCGAUACCUGCGUGGAAAGGUGCUGGGAACAACGCACAAGAAGGCAGCCGGGCUGGAGAUCAAGGAUGAGGUGUUUGAUGGAGUCCCCAUGAGGGUGUACCGACCGCUGCCACGAGCCGCAGGAAGGAGGCGAGGGGUCCUGUACUUCCACGGAGGGGGCUGGGUGUUUGGCAGCAUCAAUGAGUACGACCACUUGUGCCAGUACAUUGCACGAGAAUCAGGCUCCGUGGUCGUAUCUGUGGAGUACCGCCUUGCCCCUGAGCACAGAUACCCUGCCCAGCUGGACGACUGCCUGACGGCCACUCUACACUUCAUCCGAACCGCGGCCGACUACAGGGUGGACAACACCAGGAUAGUGGUGAGCGGGGACAGUGCGGGCGGCAAUCUCACUGCGGCUGUGUGCCUGAGAGUGUCUGGGCUGGAGGAGGAGAGCCCAAAGCUGCCCCCUCUCCAAGCCCAGGUGAUGAUCUACCCUGCUCUGCAGAUGGUGGACUUCACGCUCCCCUCCUACCGCCAGAACCAGUGCGUGCCGCUCCUCUUCCGCACGUGCAUGGCCUUCUUCUACCUGCACUACCUGAACGGCGAGGUGUCACUGGAAGAGGAGGUGGUGGACGGACAGCACCUGCCCCUGGAGGUCCGAGCUGCCUACAGGAAGUGGAUCAAUGGCGAUCUCAUCCCUGACCAGUUCAAGGCUGGUGGUCACCAUCCCAGCCCUCCCCAGACCCCAGACAAUGAAGCAGUGGACUCCUUAAAACGAAGCUUGGAGCCGACAUUCUCCCCUCUCCUGGCUAGCGAUGCUGCCAUCAGCAAGAUGCCCCCCGCCUACAUCCUCACCUGCCAGUUCGACGUGCUUCGGGACGAUGGACUUCUGUUCAAAAAGAGACUGGAAGAUAACGGCGUUCCCGUCUCCUGGCACCACGUUCCCGAUGGUUUCCAUGGGAUCGUCAGCUUCUUUGAUAAUGGCUACCUGACAUUCCCAUCUGGAAAACUGGCUGUAGACAACAUUGUGGCCUUCCUUAAGGACAUAUAGUAUAUCUGCAGGUGGACAGAAAAAGCUGGAGUAACUCAGCGGGUCAGGCAGCAUCUGUGGAGAGAAGGAAUGGGUGACGUUUCGGGUCGAGAUCCAUCUUCAGACCUGAAACGUCGCCUAUUCCUUCUCUCCACAGAUGCUGCCUGACCCGCUGAGUUACUCCAGCAUUUUGUGUCUAUCUUUUGUGAUAUAUCUGCAGUACAGUGUGUGCACGAUCGUCCUGCUUCCUAUGGUAAUAUAUGGUGUAAAAAUAUUCAGCAAUGUAUUAAUUCAGACUAAAUAUAUUAAGAUUCAAGUUCUGGUAUUUGUACGGUGCUGAUUUACUCGUGAUGGAUUUUAUAAAAACAUUACCUUUCCUGUAAACAUAAAGAUUAUACGUUGAGUUUAUUGCGUUUAGUUUAUUGUCACGUGUACCGAGGUACAGUGAAAAGUUUUUGUUGUGUGCUAACCAGUCAGCAGAAAGACAACACAUGAUUACAAUCGAACCGUUUACUGUGGACAGAUACAUGAUAAAGGGAAUAAGGUGAAUAAUGUUUAGUGCAAGGUAAAGUCCGAUCAAAGAUAGUCCUAGGCUCUCUAAUGAGGUAGAUAGUAGUUCAGGACUGGUCUCUAAGUUAUUGUUAGGACAGCUCAGUUGCUGCCUGACCUGCUGAGUUACUCCAGCAUUUUGGGUCCAUGUCAGGUAGACAAGAGAUGGACUUGGCAUCAUGUUCAACACAGACAUUGUGGGCCGAAGGGCCUGUUCUUGUACUGUACUGGUCUCUGUUACAACAAGUAGGACCAGCGCAGAUCUGCGACCUGGAGAUUAGUCAGUCCGUGUGAGAGAAGGUGGGUGACAAGAUAUAGUCACCUGAUGGAACCAACGCAAGUAGCUGCAAAGAGAUUUAUACAGAGUCUGGUGUAUAGAGAAUAGAGUCAUAGAGUGAU